GCCUCUUCUGUCAAUAUAAAUCUUGAGCCGAGCAUACUCAGACACGUGGCUUUUGAACAACCAUUCUUGAACACUGUUCACACAUAUUUUCCCUCUCUAUUCCACUCUUUUACUCCCGACUGCACAAUGGACGCCCAAACCCAGGUUGAUGUUAGCAAGCUCAAUGAGGCCGACAAGAAGGAGCUGAGCCAGAUCCUUGCGAACGAGACGCAAAAGGCUACCAUUCAACAGACUGUCCAUUCGCUUUCCGAUGUCUGCUGGAAGAAGUGCAUCACCGGAAAGAUUACAUCGGGUCGCCUGGAUCAAGCGGAGGAGACAUGCGCGCAAAAUUGUGUGGAACGGUGGAUGGAUUCGAACCUUGCAGUCCUGAAGCACCUCGAAGCCCUUCGUGGAUAGGUGCAUUUUCCAUGAACAAUGGCGGGCUCAUUCAUAGAGCACUCGCCUACCCUCUGCCAGCAUGUAAACGGAUGUAUUAUGUAUAAGGUCGAUAGAAAAAGACAUGUUAUUCCAACGC